GACACCCUCGCGCUCGAGGAUAAUCAAAGCUCAGUCGCAAGCCGAACAUCGUGCCGCGUAUACGUGUGCCUUUUGCUUAAAUAUAUAUCUAAUAUAACUCCCCCCCUCUCUUUCUCUAUUCCUACUUUUUACGUAUACAUACGUAUGUAUAGAAAUAUUGAAGUAAAUAAAAAAAAAGGCGCAAAACUCGCAAGAAAGCCACGCCGGACGGAGGUCUUUUCUCUUUCCUUCGUUUGAUUCUUUUUUACUCUCUCUCUCUCUCUCUCUCUCUCUCUCUCUCUCUCUCUCUCUCUCUCUCUCUAUUGUUUUUUUUCUUUUUGUGAACGUGUGUUCUGUGUAUCCUUCUUGUGUGUUGCGCGCCCGCGCAAACUGUCUAUCCAUUUCUUUUUCUCUCUCUUUCCCCCUUACCCCUUCUCUCUCUCUGUCUAUCUGUCUCUCGGUGUGUGUCUGGAAUUUGAUCGGCGACGUCAGCACGCCUUCGCUCGCUUCGAUACCUCAAUGCUCGAGCUGUCAGAGUAAACGGAGAUAGAGAGUUUCGAAGAAAGGUGCUUUUCCUGAAUAACACCGAGGAAAGUUUCGUCAUGAGGGAGGCAGAGAGAGCCGCAGUUAACAACGACCUUGCCGAAGAUCGAGAAUGGUAUGCAGCGUGUACGCGGGUGGAGUCGUAAUUCUGCUGGCAGCACGAUCGUCUCUCAGGCUUGCGUCCAUGCUACGUACAUCGUGGAUUCAACGUGGAACGUCAACGACCACCUAGCUGUAGUUAUCGUCACACCUUCACCCGCUAAAAAGACGCGCUGGGGCACGAUAAUGAUGCACAACGGCACGAUAUGUACCGAGACGAGCUUACACGUGUAACAAAUCCACCUCACUCUCUCUCUCUCUCUCUCUCUUUAUUUUUCUCUCUCUCUCUCUCUCUCUCUCUCUCUGUACGCUUGGGGCUUGUUAAAAGCUGCCUCGAAAGAAGUGGGAGUUAGAGAGAAAGAGUGGGAGGGAGGACGAAGAGGGUAAAAGUGUCUGGUGGGAGUCCAUUAACGAGUACCGUUUUCAUACCUCUUCUAUACUCUUUCUGUACUCUUUCCGUAGCCCUUCGCGACCAUCUCUCGUUCGUUCAGCACCCAUCUCUCUUAUUUUCCGUUUCUCCUUUCCGUCGUCUCCCCUCCCCUUUACCCCACCUCUUCAAAGAGCAUCCUAACGGCACAAUAGAUCGUUCAUUACCGAUACCGACUGCCUAAGGGACGAAGUGCUACCCGAAAGCAGAAAGAUAAUAAUGCGAGAAAGAAUAUUUCGUUGAAGAUAUCAAGGAUUUAGCAACUAUAGCGUCAACCCUUCUCACGUUCUUUCGUUAUCAUUGAAAGAUUUGAAUAACCGAGCCUAUAAACGUCUUCAAACGCGAAGACUUCAACGUCGAGUCUUUGAGAAUUAAGAGGCAAAAGUCGGUUUACGUGUGCGGUUAAUUUCAAGUUUCUAACCUUUUGUUUCUUUCCGAUAUAAUAGAAAUUUCUCUAGAACAAGAAAUUCAGUUGAGUUUUCCUUUAUAACAGUGGGUAUGUCUUACUUAACUAUUUGCCCAGACUUUCUUAAAAUUGAUCAUCUUGUUUGCUCGGUGAUAGAACUUUGUAACUCUAAGAAACGAAUUUAAAUACGGUACAGAUGAAUUCAACUUUGAAAACUUGUAAUUAGAUAUAGUAGAGAACGUCGGUGUCCUCGAGAAGAAAGGAAAGUAAUUGGUCGCGACCACCUAUGGCGGCCGCGAGCUUCCCACCAAAUUUCACGAACGUCGGCGUCGUAGAGAACUGCGCCGGCAUGGAGGCAGCGAACGGUGCUAUCGAGCACGAUUUUCACAAUGCUUUGGUACCAAUAAAUGGCAGCCAUUCUGGCAGCUCUGGUAGAAGUACGCCAAACGGAGGUGAUCCAGCACCAGGGAAACUAUUUGUCGGUGGUCUGUCGUGGCAAACCAGUAGCGAAAAACUCAGGGAAUAUUUUGGAAUAUUUGGGACUGUUACCGAUGUUCUCAUCAUGAAAGAUCCCGUUACACAGCGUAGUCGUGGGUUCGGCUUCAUCACGUUUGCCGAGCCCGGCAGCGUCGACAAGGUGCUGCAGCGUCCGGUCCACACCCUUGAUGGUAAGAAGAUCGACCCGAAGCACGCGACCCCGAAGAACCGCGCUAAGCAGGCUAAUCGGACGAAGAAGAUCUUCGUCGGCGGGGUCAGUCAGGAGACGAGUAGCGAGGAAGUCAAGGCCUACUUCAACCAAUUUGGCAAGGUCGAGGAAACGGUGAUGCUAAUGGAUCAGCAAACGAAACGACACCGGGGUUUCGGUUUCGUCACGUUCGAGAACGAGGACGUCGUGGACCGCGUCUGCGAGAUCCACUUUCACACGAUAAAAAAUAAAAAAGUCGAGUGCAAGAAGGCUCAGCCGAAGGAAGCGGUUCAACCGGGCGCCCUGGCCCUCGGUAAGAGAGUGGUCCUGGGUGCGUUGGGCGUCAGGUUGGCGCCCCAACCGCCGCUCCCCGUGACCGCGGCGGCCUCCCAGCUGGUGGCCGCCCAAGCGCAGGCCCAGGUUCAGGCAGCGGCAGCGGCCGCGGCCGCGGCCGCCCAAGUACAAAACGCGGUGGCCGGUUACGGCAAGUUGUUCGCCAGCGGCUAUCCCGCAUCGGCUCCUGGCAAUCCUUAUCAAGGUUAUUCCCUCACCAAUGUCGACAUGUCAAGUUUCCAAGGUGUCGAUUGGAGCUCCAUGUACGGCAUGGGCAUGUACGUCUAAACUACUCUCUCGCUCUUCCUAUCUUUUCUCCUCUCUCUUUCUCUCUCUCUCUCUUUAUCUCUCUCUUACCUUUGCAUUUCCUUCCUUCCUCCCUCCCUGUCUCCCUCCCUGUCUCCCUCUUCUCGAUCAUCAUCAAUCUGUCUGUCCGGCGAAAAAUCGGACGAGAAAAUUUACAAGUGCCUGCUGCUUAUCUCUCUGGAGUCUACGACGUCGACAACAAUAUCUUUCGGGGAAACGGGGGGGAGGGGAGGGGCAACAUCGAACGCACGCACCAUGAAAAAUAGAUCAAAAGUUCAAACCGAUAAAGACUGGAAUACGGGUAUGUACCGCAGGAUGACUGAUCUCGUCGAAUUAGAGAGAUAUUCGUAGCCACGAAUUCGAAUUAGAGUGCGCAAGUAGGGUUGCGUUAGAGAGUCGCGCGAUAUUGUUCAAAUGUAUCUCUAGUUAAGGACGAGCUCUCGUCGAGGAGAACAAACAAACAAACAAACAAACAAAAAACAAACCACGCGAUGCUUCCAAGUUAUUAUUUUUUUAUUUCGUUGUUUAUUUUCAUAUAUAUCAUCCCUAUCGUUAUUUUAGUCGUUGCGGUUUGCUGCGGUCUUCUACCGCUCCCCGAUCGUAUAAGUAUCACGAUUAAUUAUCAAUUAAAAAAUUCGCGUCACCGGAUCAAUCUUUUUUUCCCGACGCGUCCUGGAAGCAAUAAAGUAUAUAACGGGUAUGGUAGGAUCGACGCCUGCAACGUUUUCCAAAAGGGGUCUCUAUUUGUUUCAACAAUUUUCAACGUUUUUCUUUUUCAUCUAUUCAAUUUGUUUUUUAUUUUCGCGUUGCGUAUCCAGGAAGAAACUUGCUCGUGCCUUUUCCCGAGAAUUGUUCUAUUCCAACCUGCUGCAUAGGAUCGAUCUUUUUUUUUUUCGAUGCACCAACUUCUCGGGAAAACGCAAAGCAAAGGGGCAAACUCUACUACACUUUCCGUAAAAAUAAAUAAAGUAAAUAAAAUAAUAAAAAAAAAAAAAAGAAGACACGUAUCUAUACACGGAGGACGCGAGAGAUAUUUGCAUGUGUGUAUGUACGCGAAUACUCUAGAUAACACAAGGCACACACAUUGAAAUACUUGCAUAUAAUAUAUAUGAUAUUAACAUAUGUAAGGAUUAACAUAUGAUGUAAGAGUACAGACAAAUACGUCUAGAUAUAUGAUGUAUAGUGUAAUACUGAUAUAUAUUUUUCUUCGAGUAACGGAAGACAAUAUUUCUCCGAUCUUCGUCGAGCGUAAACAUAUUAUUAAUAUUAAAAUAAUAACUUUUUAGACGACGCGUUCGCAAGAUUAUUAAAGGUUGCAUUUGGACAACACAUAUAAAGAAAAUGGAACGCGCAAUGAGACUAAAAACUCACAUAGAUAAUAAUUUAAGAAGACAUUUGGACAUCUCUUUUUGAAAGACUCGCGCCAUUUUUCGCGUAAUAAAAAAAAAUUACCGCGAGCGCGUAAUUGGUCGAAAACGACUACGACGACAGGGAGGAGGAGGAGGAAGAGGAGGAGGAGGAUGAAAACGAUGACGAAAAUUCUUUUUUGAAAGGCGGGGUUGUAAUAAUAGAACGACUGCGUUUUCCUUCUAUUUGCGAAUUCGGUGAGUCUACUUAAACUCAAUAAUUAAUAAAUGGUGAUAAAAUGAUUAAGAGUUUUGACGAAUAAUAAUAAUAAUAAUAAGGCAAAAUAAUUAGCCUGUGUGCACGCGCGCGCGCGCUCUUUUCGCGCUGAAAAAUAAUCUAAGAUAUAAAAUAAUAAUUAUCAUUAAAUAUAUUAUAUAUAUAUAUAUAUAUAAAAAUUAAGAGAGAAGAGAACAAAAAAAACAGAGAUACUCGUUCAUAGGUUAACGUUUUAACCGGUAUGUUUAUAUAAGUGUAUACACGUAUGUGCGUGCGUACUGGAGACGUGCGUGGAUGAGAAGGGGUGGGUGGUGCCAUUGUUGGGGUGUGCUACCUCUCUCUGUUCAAUAUGCAAAGUACAAAUGUACGUGCGUGUAUGCUCGUAUAUAUGCGUAUAUGUAUAUUAUAUAUACAUAAAAUAUUCUAUAAUAAUGUGUAAGUCGCGUUCUUCAUUCGUGCGUUGGCAAACGAAACGAAAAGAAAAAAAAAAAAGAAGAGAUUCAAAUCCAAGAUUGAGAUUAGCAGCUAGCUGGUGAGGCGUGUGUUUGAUCGACCGAGUCUAAUUAAAUUAAUUUCUAUUUAUAAUAUUAAGCGCAGGAAUAUAAAAAAAAAAGAAAAAAAAAAAGAAAAAAACAAAAAACAUUUUAGUCAAUAAGAAGCGAUAAUUAAUUUAUAUACUUAAACAAUUCGCGCGUUACAACACUCGUCUCCGAGUUUCUUCGAAGUCCGAAACACUUUUGACUCUAAUUAGAAAUAUUUUUAGAAUCCAAAUACCCCUCGGUCUGUCUACAAGGGAAAUUACAUAUUUUUUUUUUUUUUUUAGCCCUAAAGAUUUGUCCCCACCGCGUAGAUUAAGCGAUUCGAUUGAGAAUGAUCUUAUUAUUUAUUAUUAAUUAUAAUUAAGGUUAAUUUAGAAGUAUUAUUUGACAGAUCUUUUUAACCACCACUACCCCUUGGGCAAUUUGUUCCUUUUUUUUUCUUUCUUAAUCUUUUCCAAUAUUUUGUUCCUUUUUUUCAUAUCAUUUCGUAGAUUUAGUUGGCGAGAUAGACCGAGGGGGACACGCGAGGGAUGCGAGAGAAAGAAAAAUUGGGUGAGGAAUAAAAAAAAAAGUGACAAGCGAAAUAUCAUCCAAAGUAGGAGGGUAUAUAUACGUUUGAAGAAACAAAUAAUGCAGCGUUUAUUAUUAUUAUUAUUUUUCUAAUAAAUAUAUCGGAUAUCGAUAAUCUCGGAAGGACGUUGUGGUCUCGUCGCGCGAAAAUGGACGAAGAAGGAUGUGAGAAAUUUCGAGCAAUAAGCGAUAAAACAACCUUAUUAAAAAGCAUCUACAAUAUUACCACUUUAUCAAUAUGUACCUAUAAUAAUAUUAAUAAUAAUAUAAUAUUAACAAUAAUAAUAAUAAUAAUAAUAAUUAAUAACGAUAAGCGAGCGUUUGCGUAGGUCGUAAGUCUGACGAGGAUGAUGGAAAUAAAAUCUAAGAGAUACGAAAAACUUAAUACUUAAGAGGACGCUGAGAAAGAAAAGAAAGAAAAGAAAAGAAAAAGGUUCAGGGGGUGGGAGUGGGCUUUUGAGGGAGAAGGUGGAAAAUGAAAUAAACGAGAAAGGGAAAAAAAAGAAAAGCGUGAGAGAAAGGGCAUACGUUAGGGGUGAAAGAAAAUAAGGAACGAGGUGGGAAGGGUUUAUCAUCCCUUCCGAACGACAAGUAAUAUUCUCUAGUGAUAUACACUUAUACAUAUAUUAUUAUAUAUGUAUAUAUAAUAAUAAUAAUAAUAAUAAUAAUAAUAAUAAUAUUAUAUACAAUAUUACUAUAUGACGAUAAUCAUACCGUAUUAUUAGCGAUGAGAAUACUUGCGAACGAUGUUUUAGGUUUGUAAGAAGGGAUUAAACGAAAUGGAACAGGAAGGGAUGAAACUUGACGAUUCAAUUAAUUGAUUAACAAACGUGGAUUUGCGUGUGCGUGUGAGAUAAUGUUAACGAAAAAAAAAAAAGGAUGAUUACUUACAAUUAGUAAUAUUUGACAAAGAGAGAUGAACGAGAUACCAGGCCUGAAUUUUUACUUCUUCUAAUCGAAAAAAAAAAAACAAAAAAAAAGAAACAAAUUUAUAAUUUUUUUUAUUUUGUUCGAUUCGAUGAUAAUAAGCGGAGCCAGGGUAUCGCAAACGCGUCUUCUUCCCUCUCCUCCUAUUUUUUUUGCUCCCAUUUGACAAACGGAAUUUUUUUUUUUUGCUCCUUUUCGGAGGGAGAGAAAAAAAAACAAGUCCCUGCUUUUUCUCAUCUGAACACACGCACACCACCUACACGUUUUAUAUACGACACGAGCGAGAUCAAUUUUUUCGAAGGAAUUUUCUCUUUCUCUCUCUCUCUCUUUCUCUCUUUUUCUAUCUUUUCCCCUCUCUCUCUCUCUCUCUUUCUCUGUGUUGUACGGCUUGCUCGUCGAUAAAGGAAAAAAAAAAUACAAGAAAAGUCGAGCUUUCGUGAUAUUUGUACUUAACUGUUAAGCCCAUUAAUAAAAAAAAAAAAAAAAAAAAAAAAAACAUACUGAUGUGUUUUUAAGUAAAAUAAUCGAAUUAACGCGAUUAUCAAAGCGUCGAUGAUAGCAAUAACAUUUUUUGGUAGAUUAUGGUGAUGAUGAUGACGACGAUGAUGAUGAUGAUGAUGAUGAUGGAUGUUUGAUGUCGUUCGACUCGACGAGCAAGCGAAUUAAAUCGGCAAUAAUAUUAAAAUAAAUCGCGCUUAGGUGAAAACGGGAAAAUCGUCGAUCGUUCUUCAAUAUUUUUCUUUUUUUUUUUUUUCAUGAAAUGUUGAAGGGGAUUACGAUAGAAAACACAAAGCGAAUAGUAAGACAUUUUUGAGUUAGUUCAUAUCCGUUAAAGAAGAAGACGAUCGUGUGAUAUUUUCACGGGGUGAUGAAACAGAUUUCCAAAAUGAAAAGAUGAAAAAAAGAUAAAAAAAAGAAAAUAAGGUGCGAUGAGACUACGUUGCGUUUGAAGAAUUCGUCAUAAUAUUUUCUCUAUCUCUUUUUUCUUACUUCCUAUCAAUUUUUCAUUCCUCGAAAAAUAAACAAAUUUCCUUCCUAGUUUUUUUCUCUAUCUCACUAUCCUUCAAAUUCAUAUUCUGCUCCCUUUCCCACGACCACCAACACCACCACCAACACCACCACCGAUGAUCAUAUAUAUGUAUUUUACAUUGCGGAUGUCUAAAGUAAUUUAUCAUUAACGUAGCUUGUAUUUUGAUGAGCGCUAACCAUCUACUAGUUGACUGUAUGAAUCAUUAGGUGAAGCAUGCUGGUUUCAAUUAUCUUCCAUUUAAUAUCUUUAUCUCUUUCUUACCUAUCACGGAUAUAUUUUUCAUAUACAUAUGUACAUAUUUACAAUAGUAUAUUGCAUAGAUCAAAUCACGUUUUUUUUUUUAUUAUUAUUAUCGAUUUUGGAAGAAUAAACAACAAACGAAAAUCUUUUUUUUUUUAAUUCUUGCAAGAAACAUCAAAAAUUCCAAAUAAUUAUCAACGAUACUAAUUUAUUUAUGUAUAUAUGUAUACGAAAUAUGAAUUCUGCUUCCUUCGAAUUUUUUCUUCCAUUGAAACGAGAAAGAGAGAAAGGAAUUAUCGAAUUCCCUGUAACAUUUUUUUCUUCCUCUUUUUUUUUUUUUUAAAUAAAUGGGAAGAACUAGGGGAUCACCUAGCCCAGUUUAUUUGGAAGAUCUAGGAAUGCUGAUCUCCUUUGGCCAGAUCCACUUUUACUUUAUUUUUUAUCUCUCUGUUUCUUUCUCUAAUCUCAAAGAACGUCUUUCGUAAUCUUCCCACGUAUUUUCUUCUAUUUCAUUGGAGAAUACGUUUGUGUAGCACCUCUCUCACUCUCUUUCUAUUUCUAUUUCUAUGUCUAUGUUUCUUCUUUUUUUUUCGCCUAUGCUUUUUAUUUUGUUGCGAGGAAGAAAGAUGAAUUAUGUAAAGGACAAAAAUAAUUAUAGAAAAAGAAAGAAGGGGUGAGGAAAAGGGUGAGGGGAAGGAGAGAGGGAAAGAGAGUAGUCGAAUGCAAGGAUAAGAAAAUGCAUUCUAUAUCUCUCUCUAUCUCAUUUCACUAAAUUCCAUUUGUUUUCCAAGCCAUCCAACACUCCUAAGUAUGUAAAAAAAAAAAAAAAA